ACGUUUUACCUUUCAGUCGUCUUCAAGAAUUUCUUAAGAGAACCUAUAAUAUAUAACUUAUAUUUGAUUUAAUUUUUGGUGAAAUGGCUUCGUUUCCACAAAAUCGAUUCGCAGGAAUCAAGCGAGAUUAUACACCAGAAACAGUGGAGCAUACCUUGGCUCAGCGAGGAGCAGAGAAACUUUGGGCUUAUAUGACUUCUGGAGGAAGCGAAUAUAUCAAUGUCCUUGGCGUUUUAACUGGAAUGCAGGCGGUACAAAUGGCAAAGGCUGGACUAAAAGGCAUCUACUUGAGUGGUUGGCAGGUUGCAGCUGAUGCUAAUCGCGCUGGUCAAACCUUCCCAGAUCAGAGCCUCUACCCUGCCGACAUUGCGGCCAAGCUGGUGGAGAGAAUCAACAACGCCUUCCAGAGAGCUGAUCAAGUACAGCAUAUGGAAGGAGGGCAUCAAAAAUUGGAUUAUUUCCUACCAAUUGUAGCCGAUUGUGAGGCAGGACUUGGUGGCCCUUUGAACGCCUUUGAGAUCGUUAAAAACAUGAUCAAAGCUGGUGCGGCUGGCAUUCAUCUGGAAGACCAGCUUGCCUCGGAGAAAAAGUGUGGUCAUAUGGGAGGCAAAGUCCUGGUUCCUACCCAACAAUUCAUCCGCCUUUUGAACGCGGCGAGACUAGCUGCUGACGUCAUGGGAACGACCACGGUUAUCGUGGGUCGCACGGACGCCAACUCGGCCGGCUUUGUGACCUCGGAUAUCGACCCCCGGGAUAAACCUUUCCUAACAGGGGCACGGACACCCGAGGGCUUCUUCCGUAGUCGAGCCGGUUUGGACCAGGCCAUAGCGAGGGCGCUCGCUUAUGCACCAUACUGCGACGUUCUUUGGUGUGAGACGAGCAAUCCAAAUAUCGAAGAAGCGAGAAGGUUUGCACAAGCAGUUCACGCAUUAUUCCCCGGAAAACCACUUGCGUAUAACUGCUCGCCAGAAAUCGCGGUCUUUCAAAAAGAACUGGGACGACUUGGAUACCGUUUUCUGUUCAUAUCGCCUGCUGGUUUCCAAUCUCAAGCAGCUCUUCCGCUUUGAAGGGGAUUUCUAUUUAAUUAUCUAUGGUGCACAUAUCAGAUUCAUAUUUUAACCAGUUUGCUUUCCUCAUAAAGUAUUGUAUCAUAAAAGAACGUAUAAAAUACUGUA